GCAGCCGAGCGGUUCACACGCGUUUACACGGGCUGAGGAACAUCAGACACAUCGACAUCUGCGGGGGUCACUCGGCGGGGUUUCUAUUGCAUGAGCGCAACCCGCGGACUUAAAGAUGUGGAAAGAAGUCGGCAAGCUCGUACUGUUUCAUUUGCUGAUUAUGGAGCUCCAUCGCGCGAAAGGGAUUCGCACAGAAUCGCAGUGUGAAACUGGGCAGUUUAAGUGCAGCAAUGGAAGGUGCAUCCCAACCCUUUGGAGAUGUGACGAUGACGAUGACUGCUCGGACAACAGCGACGAGGAGAACUGUCCAAAGAAGACAUGUGCAACCACAGAUUUUGCCUGCAAGAAUGGACAGUGUGUUCCUGCUAGGUGGCGCUGCGACGGGGAGCAGGAGUGUGCAGAUGGUUCGGAUGAGGCUGACGCAAUCUGCAGCCGGCAAACCUGUCCACCAGAGAAGUUUGACUGUGGUGGGAUGGCCACCAAAUGCGUCUCGUUGUCAUGGCGAUGUGAUGGCGAAAGAGACUGUGAGAAUGGGGCAGAUGAAGAACACUGUGCUGCUGAUGCCAACGCCUGCCCGUCCAAGGAUUUUCAAUGCGGUAACGGGAAGUGUAUAGCACCCAUCUUCGUCUGUGACGGCGACGAUGACUGUGGCGAUGCCAGUGAUGAAGAGAAGUGCUCAACUCCCACCUGUGGCCAGCAUGAGUUUCGCUGCAAUGACUCUGAGUGUAUUCCAGCACUGUGGAGUUGUGAUGGGGAUCCUGACUGUAAAGAUAAGUCAGACGAAUCUAUGGAGCGCUGUAGUCGGAGGACUGAGCCCCAGAAACCUCGAUGCAUGGUGAGCGAGUUCCAGUGCGGGAGUGGAGAGUGUGUCCGCAUAAACUGGAAAUGUGAUGGAGAUGCCGACUGCAAGGACAAAUCUGAUGAGGCAAACUGUCCUCUGCUUACAUGUCGGCCUGAUGAGUUCCAGUGUGGCGAUGGCUCCUGCAUCCACGGCACCAAACAGUGUAAUAAAGUCCAUGACUGCCCAGACUACAGUGAUGAAGCUGGUUGUGUCAAUGUUACGAAGUGUGACGGGACUAGACACUUCCGCUGUAAGAAUGGCGAAUGUAUUGACAGCAGCAAGGUGUGUGACAAUGUAAAAGACUGCAAGGACUGGUCUGAUGAACCUGUGAAAGAAUGUGGCCUGAAUGAGUGUUCAGACAACAAUGGUGGCUGCUCCCACAUCUGCAGGGACCAAAGAAUUGGCUUUACGUGUGACUGCCCCUCUGGAUACAAACUUCUGGACAAAAAGACUUGUGGCGACAUAGAUGAAUGUGAGAACCCAGAUGCUUGCAGUCAGAUCUGCAUAAACUACAAAGGGGAUUAUAAGUGUGAAUGCUAUGAAGGUUACGAGAUGGAUCCUGCCUCCAAGACCUGCAAAGCUGUGGGAAAGAGUCCGUAUUUGAUGUUCACCAACCGACAUGAGAUCCGUCGCAUUGAUCUGCUGAAAAGUGAAUACACACAAGUAGUUCCUACACUGAAGAAUGCGGUGGCACUGGAUGUUGAUGUGGCCACCAAUAAGAUGUUCUGGAGUGAUCUAUAUCAUCAUAAAAUAUACAGUGCUUACAUCAACAAAGCCAACGACUCUUCGCAGCAGCUCACGCUCAUCGAGGCGCUCCAGUCCCCCGAGGGCCUGGCUGUUGACUGGGUUCACAAGAACAUCUACUGGACCGACUCUGGCAGCAAGAGCAUCUCUGUGGCCACGGGGGAUGGCCGCAAGAGAAAAAUGCUCAUAGAAACAGAGCUGAGCGAGCCACGGGCCAUCGCAGUUGACCCACACCAAGGGUUUAUGUACUGGUCAGACUGGGGAGAUCAGGCCAAGAUUGAGAAGGCUGGGAUGAAUGGAGUGGAUCGGCAGGUUCUGGUAUCAGAGCACAUUGAAUGGCCCAACGGAAUAACUUUAGACUUGACCAAUAGGCGUCUCUACUGGGUGGAUUCCAAGCUACACCUGCUGUCCAGUGUGGAUUUGAAUGGAGACAACCGCAGAGUCUUGCUGUCUUCCCAUCACCACCUGGGACACCCCUUUGCCCUCACUGUUUUUCAGGAUCGCGUAUACUGGACCGACUUGGAGAACGAAGCAAUAUAUAGCGCCAACCGCCUGACGGGGAACAAUGUGUCGAAGGUAGCAGAGCACCUCAACAAUCCCCUGGAUCUGGUGGUGUUCCAUGAGCAGAGGCAGCCAAAAGCCCCUGACGCCUGUAACAUGGGGAGUCUUCCAAAUGGUGGCUGUGAGUACCUUUGUUUAAAGGCACCCCAGAUUACAGACCACUCCCCCAAAUAUACGUGUGCCUGUCCGGAUGGAAUGGAGCUGGGACCAGACAUGAGGCGAUGUGUCACAGUCCGAGCAAGAUCAAAAACAACAACAGCAGUUCCUACUACCACCAGCACCACCACUACUACUACUACUACUACUACAUCUACCACAACCACCAUGGCGAGCACAACAACAAAAGCCACACUUGUUCCCACCACAACGGUACCAGCCACAGCCACCACUACUGCUGCCUCUACCACACUCACAACAACAACCAGGCGCCUGGCAACAGCCGAAGCCCACCAGAAACCCAGGGGGACCUCCACUGAGCACCCUCGAACACCUGCUGCCAUAAGUACACAGACGGGUUUCAGCAGCACCAGUCAGACAUCAACAUCCACGCACACGCCCCUACUGGGCUCAGUGGCCCCAAGCAGCAUUCACAAAGAGAGCAACACCAACCUGUCACACAGAGCUGCGGGUGAUCACUACCUCAUAGGCAACAACAUCACAGUUGCUGUCUUGGGGAUAGUCAUUCCUAUCGUCCCUAUCCUUGCCACAGUGGUCAUCGGGCUACUUUGCAUCGGCGCCUACCUGGUGUGGCGCAACUGGCGGCGCAAGAACACCAAGAGCAUGAACUUCGACAACCCUGUUUACCGCAAGACCACGGAGGACGACGACGAUGAAAUCCAUAUCGGCCGUCACAGCGAGUCCAUUGGACACGUCUACCCAGCACGAGUGGCACUCAGUCUGGAGGACGAUGGCUAUCCCUGAAGGAGGGAUGAAGCCUCUCCCUUCAUUCCCACCUUGGCCCCUCCCCCCUCCUCAUCCCAACCUCCACAAUAAGGUCGACAGUCCUCCUUUUGCCUCUCUUUAAGGAGCAGAGAUGAUUCAUACAAUCAAUAUACCCCAACUUUCUCUGAUAGUGCUCUCAUUGUAGUAACAAUACUACCACCAGUAGCUGCUACUACAUUUAAUGCUAUCGCAUAGUAGCCUAUGCUCUACCCAUUUCUUCUUGCGCUCUCUCUCUCUCUCUCGGCCUCCUGGUAGUCCUAGUGAACACUUACAUGCUGCUCUGUGAUAUUUGUCAAACUAACCUUAUUGAGCAGUAUUCAGUGCCAGAGCAGCAAGCAUAAUUCUUAAUUUAUCAUAUUCGUGUUUACUCUGUUAAUAUGUUACCGCUAUCUAUCAUUGCACAGCUGAAGACAGUUCAAUUGAUAUACAGUAGUUGGCAAAGACUAUUAUGCCCCUUAGGUGUUAUUUGAAAAGGCGGACAUUUUUUAUUUUUUAUUUAUUUUGUAUUAUUUUUCACUCUUCAGCUCUCCAUGUCUGCCCCUUCGCAUACAGUACUGAGGAAGCAAAGCGUAACAUCAUAAUGAAGAAAUCAGUCUCUGAACCCGAGGAUGUGUGUGUGUGUGUGUGUGUGUGUGUGUGUGUGUGUGUGUUCGGGGGGACUUGAGUUAGGGUGCGGAAUCAUUUGGAGGUGAUUUGAGGGUGAAAGAGUAAAAAAUUGGCUUUUUAUGUGAAUAUGAGGAUUUGUGCCACCGGAAAGUUGAGCUUCAAGGCAAAAAGCAGCAAGGCAGAAAAGAGCAUUAUGAGUAAUCCUCUGUGUUGGCGUCAGAGUUAUGCACAUUGGUUACAAUGAACUGGGGGCUGUUUGUUUAUUCUCAGUCAGGAUGUUGUAGACUUUUUGUUUCCUUAUCUUUGCUGCUCCUAUUAUAGAUGAUGGUUAUGGGGAUAUGACAUCAGGGAUAUGUAAAUAGGUCAAAUAAAAUUAUAUUGUCUUCUUCUCCAUCUUUAGUGGAGUUUAUUUUUAAUGGAAAUCUUUUUUCGAAGGCCAACAACCAAACAAACAAACAAAAAAUGAAUCAAUGAAAAUUCAACCUUAAAACUAUCAAACAUCCUGACUUUGAAGUAGAAAAAGUGCAUGAAAAAACAUUCAUUCAAGCUAUGUUAUAUACCAGGGGUGUCAAAGUCAUUUUUGCUGCUGGCCACAUUGUAGUUAUGGUUUGCCUCGGAGGGUCGUCAUGAGCGCGAACGCAUAUACAGUAAAUGUACAAUUGCCUCAUGUUAUUACAUAUACACAAAAAAAAUGAUGAAUAACUAUAUUUGAAACCAGAAGCCAGUACAAAGUUGUUAAUGCAGUUUAUUUUGAAAUGGGGAUUGGUAACAAAAAUGUUUGCAAUCAACAUUCUAUAAAAGGGAAGACGAUUUGCAAUGUUGUCAUUUUGGCAAGAAACAUGAAGUCGACGCACUUGAUUUGCUUUCGCGGGGCGCAUAAAUUGAUGUGGUGGGCCGGAUGAGUUUGACACCUGUGUUAUAUACUUCCGUUACAGCAAUAUUGACUCCGCACACAAGACAAAUAGAUCUGUUAUUUAUUUUUGUGAACAGAUAAUCUGUCGUGAAAGCUCCUUUUUUCCAUCUUUCUUUUGGCCAUUUUGGAGAUGUAAAUUUGCCCAAGGAGACUGACUGCAACAGAAAAGCAUUUGUAGUAUUAGUGGUGCAUGCGCUAUAUAUAGGUAGGCCAGCUCUAAUACACAUUCGAUGUGCGAGCGGGCCAAAUCUAAAUUACAUCUGUCCCGUAUGCCUGAGUUUGACAUAUAGGCCAUAGAAAGGGGCUCUACUAAAAACAACUGUUUACCAUACCAAAAUCAGUAUAGCAUGUUCGAGAGAUGUGUACACGACAAGCACUUGAAUCAACAACAGCCAUAGAUAUGAAAAGGUAGAGAUGACACGCCCCUUUUGAGCUGGGUGCCUACGGCAACGCUAAACUAAUGUCCAGUAAACAACAGCGGCCAAUUCUGGAAAUAACAUCAUCUAUAUGCCACAAAGGGGCAUUUUCAGUUCCAACUGGACACUAGUUUUUGUCCGUUAAAUCCUAAAUCCAUACUAUCUGGGUCCGUUAAAUCGAGGUUCCAUUGUCUUGAGAGGACAUUUACGAUUUUGAGUCAUUGAAAUGAGCGAUCUAUAGUGUUCAUGUAUCAAUGCAACUUACUAAACGGCAAUGUUUUAUUUGAUCGAUAGAUUCUUUAUUCAUCUUGAGAAUAAGAAUAUUAGAGGAGUACAAGUCAAUUUAAAAUACAUAUGAGAAAGAGAAGGCAUAGUCAAUUGAAGUACAACCUGCUUCUGGUUUCAUAGCCUGAUAUUUACUCCUAGAGAGUAUUUCUUUCAAUUAGCUGCCGUAGUAACAGAAAUCUUACUGAUUGCCUGUUUAGUUUACUGUGUAGUAGGAAAAGAUGAAUAAGCUCACACAGACAGAGAUUUAAACUAGACAGAAGGGAAAGGGAUGAACAAGUGCAAAGAACAUCUCUUCCUUUUGCUUGCUGCAGCAAUGUUUCAGACUCACUGAAUCAGAUGAAAUGCCCAGGGAAUAUUUCUGUAAUUGCCCGGAUGACUUUCUAAUGGUCAUUCAAUUUAAACUGCUUAUGCAAGUAAACAUGAGAGCUGUUGGUAUGCCUAAUUAACUCUUCUAUCUGGAUGUCUACGAGAUUUGACACUUUAAAGGAUAUGUAUUGUAUAAUUUAUUUACACUGAAUCAUGCAUUCAACAACACCUAUUGCUGAAUUUUAACUGGAGUCGGAUUCAGACUGAACUAUAGUAACAGUAUAUGCACACUGUUGUGUAUUUGUCAAAUGAAUUUGGUUUUAAUUUAAUCACUGCGAGAAAGAUGGUAUGAUCGUUUACACACAUUAGUUAUCAGUGUCUGACUGAAAUAACUGAGAGGAAGGAAUUCUACUCCCACAUUCUGUUAUGUUGUUUGUUAAUAAUUGUAGUUCAAUGGAUCCGAAAGCUGCAUCUGUUGAUGAAACUGGUCUUGGUCCAAAAAUGACCAGUUGCUUGUCCUUCCAGUCUUUGCACUAAAAAGUAGUCUCGAAACAGGGUCUUCCAAAUCUCUCCAGAAGUAGAAAUUAUCACUGCUUACCCAGGUUGUACAGAACGCUUUCUAACAUGUAAAUUUUUUUUUUUUUUUUUUGUCUCCACAUCUUCACUGCAUGCACGCCAUAGCACUAAAAAGUAACACCAGCUACAAGGCUUUAACAUAUUUUUAGUUUCAGUGUUUGUGAUGCUCCAGUUACAUAGUUUCCCCCGAUCUCUUUUGCCAUCCCAUCUUCAUCUUAGCAUCAACAUAUUUUCUUUGCAAGGGCUAUCACUACCAUCAAGGUAGUUGCACACUAGUAAUAAUAAUAAUAAACACUGGCUAUAACUCAGGCCUCCCAAUCAACAAGGAAACCCCCACAGGUGUCAAGAAGACACUCCAAGGGAAGUUGCCCCUUCGACUGCAUUUUGGACCACAAAUGAUCUCUACUUGUUUCGGAUGUAUCCUUUGGUAACUUUUCUUAACAAACUGCUAUCUCUAAUUGUUGUGUUCCUUUUCAUUUAAACACAAAAUGACUGGUUUCAAACUGUCAAUGAUGUCAUUGUCCUUCUUUGAACUUUUUUCAGCUGAUCUUAAAAAUAAGCCGAUGGGGUGAAGUUGCUGCACAGAAACAAGUACAAUUCUAAGGGGUACCGCAAUGGAAAAUUACAACUCCGUAAUAGAUUUCAACAUUAUUGGGGGGAAUUGAUGGGGUGGAUAUAAUUGCUAAUACCCUUAUUUAGUCAGCUGGCUCUUCCAUCUGUUUUGAAAAAUAGUUUUAUUUCAUUGUCUACAGAAAAAAAAAAAAAAAAAAAGGGGUGGGCCUCCUUCCAUUCCACAGCCACAUAUACAGUAUGGUAGACAUUUCUUAUGCUGUUUGUUGCACAAAAACUUUUCAAGAAGCCUUCUGCACUGUGUAAAAUGAUAAUGCUCUUAGGAGGGGAGGGGGGAAAGGUGAGGCAGUCCAGAAGUACAGUCCAAUGGUUUUGAAUUGUGACUUGUAAAUACUUUUUCAUACAACUUUUUGAUAGUGUUUUAAAUGUAUCUGUAAAAUGUACCUUAAAAAAAUGUACAUAAACCUCUGAAGGGGGGAAAACGAGUGUAGUAUAUAUAAAUUUAUUUGUACACAAGAACACUGGAUUUCUUUACUACUUGAUUGUAACUCAAAUUAAUAAUCUGCCAAAGUGUUUUUAUUUGAUUUUUUUCCUGUUGUCUGUUCCAUUUGUCUGCUUUUUAACAGGACUGCAGAGUUUUAAUUUCAUACUGUAUUUAAUUCUGUUAAAUAGAUUUUGUUGUUGUGUGGGUGUAUUUUUGAAAGGGGUUAUCCUUUUUAAUUUAUUGGUGCCUUGUUUUGUGCUCCUGUAUACUUUUAUCCUCUGUCUUUCUGUGUCCAGUGUCUGUAAGAGGACAGACGGGAUUAACUGGUGGGAUGAUGGGGGGGGGGGGGGGGCUGUGGAAGU